AGAACGAUACUCGACCCAAAACCGACUUAAAAGGUAGCAGACACGCCAUCUGAGUCCAGCGUGGCAUUAGUAUAUUGAGAAGCAGACUGUCCUGAUGCUGUCUCCUCUUCUUUAUUACUCCUUUCACUUCCUCAUUCCCCAAUGGCGGUGUCUUCUUCAUCUCUCUCAUCAUCUCUGUCCAAUUUCCUUCCUAACCAUUCCAUACCUACUAUAGAAAAUAAAAGAAAAAAGCCACCCACGCCUAGAAAACCUCCCUUUUCCUGCGAAAAGAAGCCCAAACGAAAGGCAGAAUAAGCAGAAAAAAAAAAGUAGAAAAAAGCAAAAGAAAAAGACCCUCCCUUCUUUGCUUCUUACAGAGAAGAUCGAUCAGGAGUACAAUCUCUGGCUGUUGCAUUCGGCAGUUGUCAACACAAGCGUUAAGAGGUUUAUUCAGAAGGCGGUUUUCUUUUUUGCAGGUAGACUGUAUUCUUAUCAGUUGGUAAGAAAAAACACAUCUUUGUUUUGAAAGCUGUUCCAUAUAUUUCUUGUCUCCACUCAAGGUCUGGGUGUUCUUAGGACUGGGGAGAGAUGGCAGCCGAGCUUGUGAAUUUGGCCACUAGCGAGAAACUGAAGGAGGUGGACUGGACCAAAAACAUAGAGAUCUGUGAACUAGUUGCACGUGAUCAAGGGAAAGCAAAAGAUGUUAUUAAAGCUAUAAAGAAACGAUUGGGGAAUAAAAACUCAAACAUUCAACUUUUUGCUGUUAUGUUGUUAGAGAUGCUGAUGAAUAAUUGUGGGGAACAUAUUCACAGGCAGGUGAUCGAGAUUGGACUUCUCCCUAUACUAGUGAAGAUAGUGAAGAAAAAGUUGGAUCUGCCAGUACGAGAGAGGAUUUUUCUCCUUCUAGAUGCCACACAGACAUCCCUUGGUGGGGCUUCUGGAAAGUUUCCUCAAUAUUAUGCUGCAUAUUAUGACUUGGUGUGCGCGCAGGUUCAGUUCCCACCACAUCCUCGUGUUCCUCCACCAGAUGUUCCUGCACCAAAAACUGAUACAAAUAACUUGCCUGUUGGGAAACCGGUAUCUCCAAAACGUGAAGGGACUGCUCAGCAAUCACCUUCUCAAACUGUGCCAGACUCUAGUAUCAUUCGUAAGGCCGCUUGUGCCAUGGAGGUUUUAAGAGAAGUUCUUGAUGCUAUGGACCCUCAACAUCCUGAGGGAGCGACAGACGAGUUCACGCUUGAUCUUGUGGAGCAAUGUUCAUUUCAAAAGCAACGAGUAAUGCAUCUUGUGAUGACUUCUCGGGAUGAGAAAGUUGUUUCUCAAGCAAUCGAACUGAACGAGCAGCUACAGAAAGUACUCACCAAACAUGAUGCGCUUCUUUCAGUUCGUCCCACAUCCACGGCUACUUCUUUUGAGCAUGAAGAAGGAGAUGAAGAAGAGGAAGCGGACCGUCUUUUUCGGAGAAUCAGUAAAGGGAAAGCUUGUAUUGAAGACCACUCGGAUGGUUUUCCAAGAUCACUCGUGCCUGUUCCAGGAGAGAGGCUCCACCGGCCACUCAUUCGGCCACUGUGUUUAGAGCCAUCCGAACCGAAUGCUCCAUCUCCAGUGGGAUUGAUUCCUCCGCCCCCAGCCAAACACAUUGAGAGGGAGAGAUUCUUCAAGGAAAGACGGGUGGAUGGUACGACAUUGGCAGGUCACAUGAGGGGUCUGUCACUGGACAGCCGCAAUGGAAGCAGCUCACGAAGCACAAGUACUGAUUCUGGUGAGUGAGCCGUGGUCAUGUGUGCGAGGCAUGAUCAUGUGUUU